AUGUGCCACACCCUGGCUUUGGGGUCGAGUCCAGAGCACCGGCAGCCUAGGUGUCGACAACAACAAAACAGCGUGCAUCAAGACGGCGAGUGCAUCUGUACUAUGCGAUUUAUGACCGACCUAUGCAAAAACAACGCCCUUGCUGGUUCAACGAAUUAUGCCAGACGACGGUUCAAAGUCCCGCAAGGGCACACCCACCACGAGGCUAGCCAGUUGUGGCGUACGGGUGGGAUGACGUGGCUAAUGCCACGUCCCGACGUCGAGGAUCACACGAUCUGCGGCGAGCGCAUACAAACCCUCUACCGCCCAUGGGCACAAACAACCCUAGAUCCCCGAGCGAAACAUCCCGGAAAUCCGGACCCAAAUCCUCAAUCGCCCCAAUCGGGCGAAGACAUCCCUGGAACGCCCGAGCCAAACCUCAAGCUGUAG